GUUCUACACGCGGUCUUGCUUGUUGUAUGCUGGUUGCUGUACGGUCGGUUGAUGAUGUUCGUGUUCAAGCCAAAUCCAGUAACAGGCUCUAUUGAAUGGGUGGCGCGCAAGGAUGAUGACCAAGCAUUUGCAGAUGACAUUGCAAAGUCACAGUAUGGAGACAUGCUUCAUGAUGCUGAGAGAAAUGAGAAGUAUUACGAUGCCAUUAGACUGGCUGUCAAUCGUGUGCAAAGCAGUGGACAAAAAGUUCACGUGUUAGACAUCGGAACAGGUACAGGACUUUUGGCAAUGAUGGCAGCAAAGUGUGGUGCUGAUCAAGUGUCUGCAUGUGAGGUGUUCCAACCAAUGGCUAAUAUAGCUAAGAAAAUAAUCAAGGAAAAUAAGUUGGAUGAGAAGAUCAGUGUGAUUAGCAAGCGAUCAACUGAAAUAACAGUUGGACCAGAUGGUGAUCUUCAGUCGAAGGCCAAUGUGCUAGUGUCCGAACUGUUUGAUACUGAAUUAAUUGGAGAAGGAGUUUUGUCAACUCUAAAGCAUGCACUUGAAAAUCUAGUUGAGCCUGACUGUAUUGUAGUUCCUUCUCUAUGUCAAGUGUAUGUCCAACUGGUAGAAAGUGAAAUCAUAGCAAGUUGUCACAAGCUCAACAAAGAAAAGGUGUUCUCACAAUAUGGCAGAAUUCAUUUGACUGAUCGUAUGUUGAAAUGUGUUGGCUCUCAGUCUCUGCAAGACUUGCACGUAUCAGAACUACCUUCGGAUGGAGUUAAACUACUGUCACGUCCAAUACCAGUCUUUGAAUUUGAUUUUACGUCAUCUGACAAAAUCUUGCUGAACAACUUUUGUAGCGUUUCAUUUGCGUGUACGGAAACUGGCCGUGGAAAUGCCUUGAUUAUGUGGUGGGAUGUGAUGUUUGAUAUGGAGAACAAGAUUAGUCUCAGCACUGCACCUGCAUGGGCAAGGACAACAAAAAAACAGUGGCGGGAUCACUGGCUGCAGGCUAUUCAACAUUUAGAACCAGCUGUGACCGUAGAGCAAGGAAACACGUUCGCAGUUAAUGGCGCUCAUGAUGACUACAGCAUGUGGUUCAAUGUGUCAAAGACAGCAGAAGAAAGUGCUGUUGUUCGUCCAGUGUGCACGUGUAGUGCCCAUUUGAUGUGGAGCUGUUCACGUUUUUCGAUGUUGAACGACUCUGGCCGGACAGCGAAGUAUGAAGUGGCUCUUCGAAAUAUUCUGUCACAAUCAAGUUGUGUCUCGACGUGUUUGUCCAUUAGUGAUGGCUCACUGCUACCUUUUCUUGCUGUUUCUUUAGGAAUUGAAAAGGUUGUGUGUUCAGAGGAAGUGAGUAAGUCACACCAGAUAACUCGACAGCUUGUUGAAACAAACAACAUGACUGAUCAAAUUCUUGUCUUGCCAAAGAAGGCAAUGAAAGUAGCUGUCAAGGACUUUGAAUUUUUUGUUGGAAAAAAUAAGUUUGACUUGUUGAUGGGAGAGCCAUAUUUCACUGCCAGCAUCUUGCCGUGGCAUCUUUUGUUUUUCUGGUAUGCUAGAACACAUGUAGAUGAAUGGCUGAGUGAGGAUGUGAAGAUUAUGCCACACCGAGGGAGCAUCAGGGCAAUUGCAGUUCAAUUUCGGGAUCUCUGGAAGUUGAGAAGUCCAGUCGGUUGCGUUGAAGGAUUCAAUCUGUCACUGUUUGAUAAAUACACUGAGGCAUGUCCACCGGCUGGCACACCACAUGACAAGACUGCUGCAUCUUGGUGUCAACCUCUUCACAUGUCUGAACCCGACUCUCAUGCUCUGUGGGAGUAUCCAGGCAUUCCUUUAUCAGCACCAGCAGACAUCUUGGAAUUUGAUUUCACAAGAAUUGUUCCUGAUGAGAAUUUGACAAGCUCUGUUAAAAUGCCAUUUAUAAGUAAAGGGGUGUGCCAUGGCCUCGUCUAUUGGAUGGAGUACCAACUCGAUGAAUUAACAAUGAUCUCAACUGGACUGGAAGGUACUGCAGCCCAUGGCCAGACACUGACAUGGAACAGACACUCCAAACAAGCGGUCUCUUUCUUUCUUCCUCACAUUGAUACACAAAUGACAUCAAGACAAAAUACGGGGCUUCACGUGCACACAGAGUUUGACGUUCAAACAGGAAGUUUGAAAUUUAAAGUUUUAAAUCUGUAAGAACUUGUUGAAUUUGAUGCUUGCUUAGCUGCCUGGUGUUUAGCACAAAUUUGAGACAUUGAAGUUGUAGCGGCACAUCUUGUAAUGUAAUAAAUAUACUAUACUAUAAUAUACUAUACCAUAUAUGAUGCAUGUA